AAGCCAAACAAGGCCUCAAGGGUUUAUAUCAGAGUGACGAGGCGGGUAGCGUAAAGGUGCCGCAAGCGCCGAUCCAUAAGAAGUGAAGUGGGAGAAACAAAGCUAAGGCUUCGACAGAUCUGCAAACAGGAGGAGAUCGAAAUCGCGGAAAUGGAUCCAGACGCUCUGUGCCAGGCUUUCGUCACACACUACUACAACACCUUCGAUUCCAAUCGGCCCGGUUUGGCCAAUCUCUACCAGGAUCAGUCCAUGUUGACAUUCGAGGGCGUGAAGAUUCAGGGCGUCGAGAACAUCAAACAAAAGCUAAUGAACCUCCCUUUUGCGCAGUGCUUGCACCAUAUCACCACCGUUGACUUCCAGCCCUCUGGAGCUCACGGCGGCUUUCUCGUAUUUGUCAGCGGCAACCUCCAACUUGGCGGUGAGCAGCACCCUCUCAAGUUUAGCCAGAUGUUUCAUUUGAUGCCAACACAAACAGGAAGUUUUUAUGUGCACAAUGAUGUAUUCCGCUUGAACUAUGCAUGAAGGUGGGAAACUGUGUAUUGGGUUUAUAUUUUCUUGAUGAUGGAAUUGUCAAAAAACGAAAAAAUGACUGAUCAAAAUCUGUCAUGCUUGUAGAAGUUUGGAUUGUGUUUUGUUUGGCUGUUUACCUGUUCUUGAGCUUUUAUUAUUAAAAAUAGACUGAUGAGUUUGAUGAUGAGUAAUUUAGUAGCUAGUAUGGAAUGUUUAGGAAAUUGAGUUGGUUGGUUUCCUCUAUAUGAGUAUUUGCUUGUUCUUUUUUCCCGGCUCUUCCACCUUAUUUCCACCAGGACAUGGAUUAGGCGUAUUGCAAUGGACAGGUUAUGAAGUGGAUAUGCAUUUCACAGAAUAACAGGCAAGCGAUGGACGAUCAAGGCCAUUGCAAUGGAUGCAUUUCCCUAGACAGAACCAGUUUGCAGUUGAGUUAAAUAAAAAUACAUACUGUAGGAUGGGUUGGCUCAUGAAUUCAACCCCCAUCCAUCAUUUGUGUUGAUUAAUUCAACCAAAUGUUAAUUAAUUAAUGAAAACACACACGGUUUCAUUGUCUUGAUUGGUGCUGUACUUUCCUACUCCGACUGACAGCCUGACAUUGCAUGUCACAAGGAAAUGUCGUUUUUUGCCUGGGAUGAGAGUAUGAGACUGAAACUAAGAACCGGUAAAGUGAACCGGAUUGAAUCGUUAAUCGUUAUGACCUGGUUUAAUACGAUUCCAAUAUUUGUCAAGUUUUACCGGCACGAGCAUUAAUAAAGUAAAAUCUGUGUGGU